AUGCAUGCAACAGGGCUUCGGGCCCUUGCCUCAGCCUCCCGAGUCUCUGCGUCGUCAAGAUUGGCACUUACGAUCGCCCGCCAGAGCCAGUGUCGACAAUUCCACCCUUCGUAUAGGUUACGGAAAAGUCCGUCCGAAGGCGGCGCCGGCGCAGAAGACGGCAAACCUUCCGAAAAACCCGCUGGCGAGCAGCAGGAUGACGGCGGCAGUAGGAGUCGGGACGAUGGCAUAAACAAGACCGAGGUUAACUCGUCAGAGUCGGCGUUCCGACGCUCCAGAGGCGGCGCGUUCGCGUCUGCGAGAGCACGCCUUGCGAGGCCGCGACCCGCCGAUGAGCUUCCGCCGGUGAAGCUGCCGACAAGCUUCCUCGAGAACGGUGUGUCGCUGUACGACCCCAAGAACCGAAUCGACACCCUCACGAACGAUCUCUGGCAUCGCCGGUAUAUGGGCACUCGUUGGCACGACCUGCUGUGGAAGGACUUGGAGCUGGUUUUUAAUCAUGCCUCUUGGACCGAGGCGAAGCUGCAGGAUGCGCUUCGCCAGGGCAACCUCGAGGCCAUCGAGAGGCGCAACCGCAUCUUAGCCGAGACGUCGCAGUGGCUAAGCCUCUCUAUUGACGAGAUGCGGUCCUCGAACCACCCGCAGGGGUCCCGCGAACCACUCCCGACGACCGAAUUCGCGGACAUGCUCCGCUACUCCAACAAGUUCGUCCUGUCCAACCUCUUGUCGCAACACACACGCGGCACAACAGACGCCGGUCCCGUAGAGGACCAAAAUCAGGACAGCGUACUGCAGUCUCUGGUUGAUCAAUAUAUUCAGGAGGGACGGCCGAAGCCGAGGCGCGAUGGACUCAGGCUAUUCGACCCCAGAAUCCGCGGCGAGAUCGUCACAGCGGUGCUCGCAGAGCUCUCCCUGAGGCCGGACGCCGGCUCGGUGGGGAGGGAACUCAAAAGGCCCCUCACCGUCGUCAAUAUCCCUAACUACAGCGGCCGAAGCCAUACAAAGAAGCUCAUAGAGCAUGUUGCGUCGUGUGCCGAGGCGGAUCUCGUUCACCUCGAUGCGCAGGAGUUGGCGAUGCUCGUAGGCGACUACAUCGGUCAAGAUUGCGCCUACUCACGGGGCUCUAUGUCCGUACUGGGCUACCGUGCUGCAGAGAUGAACGGGCGUCUGGCCAAGACCGAGGAGUCGCCCAAGCCUAAUGAUGAGGACUUGUCUGGGGAGAUCGAGGCCGCAUGGGUCAACCUCCGGGAUCACGGUGUAGAUGGUGGCUACAACAGCCCCAUGGAUAACGAGCUUCAGAAGAUCAGAGAGGGUCCCAAGGACUACAUCCUCCCUUCUGUCGACCGAUGGGAGAACCUCAAGAUCAACGCCGUCCUCGAGGAAAUUGUUAACUCUCCCACAAAAAUGACGUCGCAAUCCGACCGAAACCUCAUUAUCCAUGUGGACGACUUCGUCGAGCUCAACAUGACGCUUGAGGGCGCGCUGCUUAUCGGAAGACUACGCGCCAUCGUUGACACCAUGUGGCGCGCCGGCAAGAAGGUCAUACUCGUCGGCACGUCAUCCAAUGAGAAUCCUUCAGACCAGUACACAUCAACACUCAAAGAGAUCGCCGCCGAGGAGUGCCUGAUCCCCCUGCCCCUGAACUUUCAGCGCAUCGUUAACGCCAGCAACACCAAAAAGAUGUACGAGGCCAGUGACUACCUGCAAGAGAACCUGCGUAACAUCCAGCACAUGCUGAGGGCCAUCGCUGGCGUCUCGCCGGACAUGAGCAAGCUACGCAUCGUCGGCGUGUCCACGUCGUCGCCGCCACAGUACCUCCUCGGUGACGCCGAGGGCACCUUUAAGGAGGCCUCGCAGAUCCCGCGUGUUCUGACCACCUCCAUCCUCCCCGUCUCCGAUGUCUACCAUAUCGCACGCCUCUUCUUCGUCUGCGAGGGCUCCGCUAGUCCCAAUCAGGAGUGGCGGACGCUCUUCGACGUCGUCGAGUCCAGCAGCUAUAGCACAGCCCAGAUGCACCGCCUGCAAGACCGGCCGACGAGCUCCAAGCCGUCCGCCGGCGGCGGAAACUCCGCCUCUGCUGACAUGCAGAAGACCGAGCCCGAACGCCUCCGCGUAUCGGGCAACUACAACGAUUAUGAGAAGAAGCUCCUCAGCGGCCUCGUCAACAGCAGCGAGAUCAAGACGACGUUCGCUGACGUCCACGCCGACCCGGAGACCAAGAACAACCUCAAACUCCUCACGUCAUUGUCCCUAGUCCGCCCUGAGGCCUUUACCUAUGGCGUCCUCGCCACGGACCGGAUCCCGGGCUGUCUCCUCUACGGCCCCCCCGGCACGGGCAAGACGCUCCUCGCCAAGGCUGUCGCCAAGGAGAGCAGCGCCAACAUGCUCGAGGUCAGCGGCGCGAGCAUCAACGACAUGUAUGUCGGCCAGAGCGAGAAGAACGUCCGCGCCCUAUUCUCUCUCGCCAAGAAGCUCUCGCCGCUCGUCAUCUUCAUUGACGAAGCCGACGCGCUCCUCGCGGCGCGCGGGCAGCGCAACCGCGCCGCACACCGUGAGACCAUCAACCAGUUCCUCCGCGAGUGGGACGGCAUGUCCGACACCAAAGCCUUCAUCAUGGUCGCCACCAACCGGCCUUUCGACCUCGACGACGCCGUCCUCCGCCGCCUGCCGCGCAAAAUCCUCGUUGACCUGCCGCUGCAGCCGGACCGCGCCUCGAUCCUUCGCAUCCUCCUCAAGGGCGAGGAUCUGGAUCCGUCCGUGUCCGUCGACGACAUCGCGCGCAAGACGGUGCUCUACUCGGGCUCCGACCUCAAGAACCUCUGCGUCGCGGCCGCCAUGACGGCCGUCCAGGAGGAGAGCGAGGAGGCCGCCCGGCACACGGGCCCGGCGCCCUACGUGUUCCCGCCGAAGCGCACGCUGCGCCAGGACCACUUUGACAAGGCGCUCAAGAUGAUCGCCGCCAGCGUCAGCGAGGAUAUGGACAGCCUGAAGAGCAUCCGGCGGUUCGACGAGAAAUACGGCGACGUGCGGGUGAGGAACAGCCAGAAGAAGAGGGGUAUGGGCUUCGGCGUCUUGCCGACGUCGGCUGACGCCGAGGAGGCCCGGGUCCGGCAAGCUGUCGCGUAA